AUGUCGACACGACAAGACGCCGACGGCAAUGGGUCGCGAGGGCCUUCAAAUACGAAGGUUAGCACGUGCGGCUCCCGCGGCUCGGACUCUUCGGGAGAAAAGGGCCAACAGCGACCGACGGAUUCGGCAAAAUCAAAGGCCAUCGCGUGGGCAGAGGACCAGUUGACGUUUUAUCGUGAAGGAACACCACCGCCUCUCGACGACGACGGCUACCGACAGAGCACUGGCCCUCGUGCUGCCGGUGCGUACUCGUACGACUACAGCUACGACCGCGUGGCUCCUCCCGCCCCGAUCCCGCAAGCAACCAUAUGUGGCCUUGGCAAGCGAUUGUUCUACACGAUUGUUGCCGCGGCCAUUGUCGUCGCCGCCAUGGCCGUCGGAGUGGGCGUCGGCGUGGGCCUGGGAGUGGGGAGACAUCAUUCUACAUCAGACGAACGCGGCUCCUCCACAAAAACGCCAUCUGCGGCUUCGAUCCAGACGGUCACGCCAACGUCGAUAGCGGCCAAGCCCACGCAGACACCUCUGAUGGCGUGUCCCGCGGCAAACAACACCAGGUACGAAGUCUCGUCGGUCAAGAAGACCUUUCUGCGGGUCUGCGGAGUCGACUAUACCGGCAGCCACGGAGCGACCGACCUGGGCGUCGUGAGGACGUCCAGCAUGCAGGAGUGUAUGAACAGCUGCGCCGGAUACCCGACCUGCACUGGCUGUAGCUGGGGCGUCAUCCCGGGAGACGCGGGCAGCGACCACCGGUGCUGGUUGAAGAAGGAUUUGGAGACGCCCACUGCCGUUCGGAGCGGCUGGGACUUUGCCAUUUUGCAAUGA